UGACUUGUACCAGCACAGCAGGUAGCCUUUCCACAUAAUGCCAAAUCAGAGUGGGCAGGACUUGGUCAUUUUAAAGACUUCAAUACACUUCAUUGAUUUGCUCCUGCAUUUCAAGACGGGAGGGGAGCAGACAAACCUCUCCUCUAUUUUUUCAAGAUGAGAGAGGUUACGUGGGUUGCGUUUUGGUCUUUCCUCGCUCCCGCAUUCACUCACUCACUCUCAUUGAGUCCUCCUGACUGACUGACGGACUGCCCUUCACUGCGGGUGCAUAAGUGCAUUACUGUACUAUAUCUGCAGGGGUGUUUUUCUUUGUUUAGUUUUUUGUUGUUGUUAAAUGAGUAUUAGUCUGUAUUUGAAUAAAAGAGUCGAGGAAGAAGAACAAAACAUCAUUUGCAUAUGUGUAGACGGCUUUCUCUGCAUCUCUAAUCGGCUACAAGGCAAGCAUGGACAUCCUCAUGAAAGAAGACUUUGAUGCGAGCGUCAAUACCAGCCACCAAACGCAACAAGACAGACUGGCAGGGGACAAAAGUCAAGCGCUGAACCAAAGUGACCCGGUGGAAAUAUUCAUUGGCAUGGAGCUUCUGCUUCGUUUCAAACUUCUCUUCAUGCCUCUCUACUGCCUGGUGGUGGUCGUAGCCGCCGUGGGGAACUCCUUCCUUUUGACUUGCAUCUUGGUGGAUAAGAAGCUCCACAACGCCAGCAACUUUUUCAUCGGUAACCUGGCCGCUGGAGACCUGCUGAUGUGUUUGAGCUGUGUGCCGUUGACCAUGUCCUAUGCCUUCGACAGCCACGGCUGGGCUUUCGGGAGACCUCUGUGUCAUUUGGUGCCCCUGGUGCAAUGCGCCACGGUGUUUGCAUCGGUGCUCUCCCUCACAGCUAUCGCGGUGGAUCGAUACGUUGUCCUAGCACACCCAGUGCGUCGAAGGAUCUCUUUGUGGGGUUGCGGUGCAGUGACGCUGGCCGUGUGGCUUUUAUCUCUGGCCUUAGCCGCUCCUCCGUCCUUCUACACGCGCUACUUGGACCUCCGGCCGAGUGGCAUCGAGCUGGUUGUUUGCGAAGAAUUCUGGCCGGAAAGCGGCAACCUACGACUGCUCUACUCCUGCUUCAUCCUAAUCACCUCUUACAUGAUCCCGCUGCUGUCCGUGAGCAUCUCGUACUGCGCCAUCAGCGUCAGUCUGACACGCUAUUCUGUGCCCGGGGAGCAGGCGAGCAGGGGACAGCACUGGAAGCAAAAGCGGAGAAAGACCUUCACUUUACUGGUGGCCUCAGUGCUUGCAUUUGCACUGUGUUGGCUGCCUUUGCAGGUUCUGAACCUGCUGUUGGACCUGGACCCAGACUGCGACAUCAUCGGCAAGCGCUACAUUAACGUCUUACAAGUGUGCUGUCAUUUAGUGGCAAUGAGCUCGGCUUGCUACAAUCCUUUCAUCUACGCCUCGCUGCACAGCAAGGUACGCAAACACCUGAGGGGUUACCUGUGCCCUUGUCAAAGCCAAAGGUUGGUGCAGAGGUCCUUGUCUAGGAUCUGA